GUUUUAUCUCCUAUCCACGAACAGGGAGACGAGCCGAGACCUCCUCGCGAGUCGUCAAUCCAUGGCCGCCUCCGCGUCGGCGUCGCUGCGCCACCACCUCCUCCUCCGCCGCCGCCCGCGCUUCCCCCUCGGCCCUAGCCCCACUUUCCGCACCUCCUCCCUACCCCGCCGCCACCAGCGGCUCUUCGCCUCUGCCCCAUCCUCGUCGACGGUGGAGAAUGGCGAGCCCUCCUCGCCGGUGGAGCCGUCCGACGGUGCGUCCGUCGUCGACGUGAAUCCGCCGCGCGGGACCAGGGAUUUCCCCCCGGAGGACAUGCGCCUCCGCACCUGGCUCUUCGACCAGUUCAGGGAGGUGUCCCGCGUCAUGGCGUUUGAGGAGGUGGACUUCCCAGUGCUCGAGUCUGAGGCGCUCUUCAUUCGCAAGGCCGGAGAGGAGAUCACGCAGCAGCUUUAUAACUUCGAGGAUAAAGGAGGGCGCCGUGUUGUUCUGAGGCCUGAAAUCACCCCUUCCUUGGCACGCCUAGUUAUAAAGCAAGGAAAAUCAGUCUCCCUUCCACUGAAAUGGUUUACUAUAGGACAAUGCUGGCGAUAUGAGCGUAUGACAAGAGGAAGACGGCGUGAACAUUAUCAAUGGAACAUGGAUAUUUUUGGCAUGCCUAAAGUUCGAGCAGAGUCUGAGCUUCUUCAAGCUAUUAUUCUCUUAUUUGAACGUCUUGGGAUUACAUCUUCAGAUGUGGGGAUCAGAGUGUCCAGCCGAAAGGUCCUUCAGGCUGUGUUGAAUAUGUACUCCAUUCCAGAACAUUUGUUUACUGAAGUUUGUGUGAUUGUUGAUAAACUGGGAAAGCUGACUAGAGAAGAAAUUGAGAAGAAGUUGGUUACAAUUGGGCUGUCAUCUGAAGCUGUGCUGGGUAUCAUUGAGGUUCUUUCUCUCAAGUCGCUACCCAAGCUUGAAGAGGUGCUAGGCUCUGAUGUUGAAGCUGUUGCUGACUUGAAGAAGUUGUUCUCGUUUGCUGAGCAGUACGGUUAUGCUGAUUGGAUUUGUUUUGAUGCAUCUGUUGUUCGUGGCCUUGCAUACUACACAGGAAUUGUUUUUGAGGCUUUUGAUAGAGAUGGAAAACUGAGAGCAAUUUGUGGUGGAGGAAGGUAUGAUAGACUACUUUCAACAUUUGGUAGUGAAGACAUACCAGCUUGCGGCUUUGGAUUUGGAGACGCUGUUAUAGUGGAACUGCUGAAAGAAAAGGGUCUGUUACCUGAUCUGUCACGCCAAAUAGAUGACAUUGUCUUCCCAUUGGAUGAGGAGCUUGAAGGGCCAGCAUGUAGUGUUGCUUCCUCUCUGCGGAGGCAAGGCAGAAGUGUAGACCUUGUUGAAGACAAGCGUCUUAAAUGGGUAUUUAAGCAUGCUGAGAGGAUAAAUGCUGGUAGGCUGAUAUUGGUCGGAAAAUCCGAGUGGGAGCGAGGUAUGGUUCGUGUGAAGAUAUUAUCAACCAGAGAAGAAUUUGAGGUCAAGGCUGGCGAACUACAAUAAGAGAAUUUGUGAAGGUUUUGCUUCUAAUCCUAGGCCUUUUUACCUUCUUUAUGACUUCAUCCACUAAAGCUCUGUUGAAACACAGCGAUUCAUGUCAUUCACACAUAGGAGGGGUACAACUCGUAGGCACUCCAUUAUUUUACUGAUAGAAUGCCUUUAUUUGCUACUAGAUGAUUUACACGUUUGCCGAAGGUGAUUGUAUCUUCGUUUGCAGAUACCCUUACACUAUAGAGUUCAGGAGUAAAUAAACUGCAGAAUACAUAACUGUCA